AUCGUCCUUCAUCUAUCCUACCCUCUACAGUUCCCUAGCUACUCAGAGAUCUUUCCAGCAACACCUACCAUUGUUCUCAACAGCAGUAAGAUACUUCACUGCACCAUCACAAUGGCAACCGAGCAGACUCCAGUUGCUACGACUGCGGCACUUCAGCCAUCUCAUGCAUCUUCUCAGGCCACAUCGGCAACUGCUUCGCCCAAGCUUGACGUUCGUUCAGAAGAAGGCUCGAUCAUCAACGUCGACCUUUCAGGAACAACUACUCCUCUCUCAUCCCUCACAGACACAGCAUUGACCAAGCUCGUCUCGCAAUGCUCUGACGAUUCUGCUCUGAGCGAGACUACCUUAAAGAUCCGCAACGAGCUCGACAAGACGCUCGAAGCCUUUGUCCUCUCGGAAGAGACUCCUCAACACCUCCCACAAGUCAAAGCUGAUGACAUCCCUACCGAAAUUGCUGCAACGCCUUCCAAACGUCGAUUUUCCUUUGAAUGUGCCUUUGGGUUCACCGGGUCCUUCGAUGAGCCCGAAGCUCCACCACAGAAUAAGGGAGCCUUCCUUGCUGCUCUGAAGUCGGAGAUCGAUGGAAUAGGCAGAAUCCAGCACGGACUACAGGCUUACCAACACGCUAUAAACUCACGCAAGUAUCACACCUUCAGCACUGACUUCCUUAUCGGUCAGAACACCGCUACGAUCAUUACUAUGGACCAGUUGGACCAAAUUGCGGCACACCUUCAAGAAGUCGAAGAAGAGGUUCAGAAGAUCGAACACGAUGACACUCAGGUCGAGAAUGAGCUUUUCGAGGCAUUCCGGCAUGCCCAGCCAUGGGUGGCCCGGACUCGCGCAAUCCUGAUCCAUUCACACGUCUUCUACAAAAUCAAUUUCGUUCUCGCUUGCGAGAAGAAGCCUGCGCACAAGACCACUACUGACGUUGAGGCCUGA